UCACCAGUUCCAAAUGUGGAAGAGGUGACAUUGCCCAAAACAGUCAACACUAAGAAGGACUCAGAGUCAGCCCCGGUCAAAGGAGGCACCAUGACUGACCUGGAUGAACAGGAGGAUGAAAGCAUGGAGACCACGGGCAAGGAUGAGGAUGAGAACAGUACGGGGAACAAGGGGGAGCAGACCAAGAAUCCAGACCUGCAUGAGGACAAUGUGACCGAGCAGACCCACCACAUCAUCAUCCCCAGCUAUGCUGCCUGGUUUGACUAUAAUAGUGUUCAUGCCAUUGAGCGGCGGGCUCUCCCCGAGUUCUUCAACGGCAAGAACAAGUCCAAGACUCCGGAAAUCUACCUGGCCUAUCGAAACUUCAUGAUUGACACUUACCGGCUGAACCCCCAAGAGUAUCUCACCUCCACCGCCUGCCGCAGGAACCUGGCAGGUGAUGUCUGUGCCAUCAUGAGGGUCCAUGCCUUCCUAGAGCAGUGGGGGCUCAUUAACUACCAGGUGGAUGCUGAGAGUCGACCAACCCCAAUGGGGCCUCCCCCCACCUCCCACUUUCAUGUCUUGGCGGACACGCCAUCAGGGCUGGUGCCUCUGCAGCCCAAGACCCCGCAGGGCCGCCAGGUUGAUGCUGAUACCAAGGCUGGGCGAAAGGGCAAAGAGCUGGAUGACCUGGUGCCAGAGACGGCUAAGGGCAAGCCAGAGCUGCAGACAUCUGCUUCCCAGCAAAUGCUCAACUUCCCUGACAAAGGCAAAGAGAAACCGACCGACAUGCAGAACUUCGGGCUACGCACAGACAUGUACACCAAGAAGAAUGUCCCUUCCAAGAGCAAAGCUGCAGCCAGUGCCACUCGCGAGUGGACAGAGCAGGAGACCCUGCUGCUCCUGGAGGCACUGGAAAUGUACAAAGACGACUGGAACAAAGUAUCAGAGCACGUUGGAAGCCGCACCCAGGAUGAGUGCAUCUUGCAUUUUCUUCGUCUUCCCAUUGAAGACCCUUACCUAGAGGACUCAGAGGCCUCGCUGGGCCCCCUGGCCUACCAGCCUAUCCCCUUCAGUCAAUCAGGCAAUCCUGUCAUGAGCACUGUUGCCUUCCUGGCAUCUGUCGUUGAUCCCCGAGUUGCCUCUGCUGCCGCGAAGUCAGCCCUAGAAGAGUUCUCCAAAAUGAAGGAAGAGGUGCCCACAGCCUUGGUGGAGGCUCAUGUUCGGAAAGUGGAAGAAGCAGCCAAAGUGACAGGCAAAGCAGAUCCAGCCUUUGGCCUGGAGAGCAGUGGCAUUGCAGGGACCACCUCUGAUGAGCCUGAGCGGAUUGAGGAGAGUGGGACUGAAGAGGCGCGGGCAGAGGGCCAGGCCACGGAGGAGAAGAAGGAGCCCAAGGAGCCCCGAGAAGGAGUUGGGGCUGGCGAGGAAGAAGCAAAGGAAAAAGCCAGCGAGGCGCCCAAGAAGGAUGAGGAGAAGGGGAAGGAGGGCGACAGUGAGAAGGAGUCAGAGAGGAGCGAGGGGGACCCGGCAGGUGACGCUGAGAAAGAGAAGGAGCCGAAGGACGGGCAGGAGGAAGUGCUGAAGGAAGUGGUGGAGUCGGAGGGAGAAAGGAAGACGAAGGUGGAGCGCGACAUCGGGGAGGGCAAUCUCUCCACUGCCGCCGCCGCCGCCCUGGCUGCCGCCGCCGUGAAGGCCAAGCACUUGGCUGCUGUUGAGGAGAGGAAGAUCAAGUCCCUGGUGGCCCUGCUGGUGGAGACCCAGAUGAAAAAGUUGGAGAUCAAACUCCGGCACUUUGAGGAGUUGGAGACGAUCAUGGACCGGGAGCGAGAAGCACUGGAGUACCAGAGGCAGCAGCUCCUGGCAGACAGACAGGCCUUCCACAUGGAGCAGCUGAAAUAUGCUGAGAUGCGGGCCCGGCAGCAGCACUUCCAGCAAAUGCACCAACAGCAGCAGCAGCCGCCGCAAGCCCUGCCCCCGGGCUCCCAGCCGAUCCCACCCACGGGAGCUGCUGGGCCACCCCCAGUCCACAGCCUGGCUAUGGCUCCCGCCUCUGUAGCCCCUGCGCCUGCUGGCAGUGGGGCCCCGCCUGGAAGCUUGGGCCCUUCUGAACAGAUAGGGCAGGCAGGAUCAACGGCAGUGCCACAGCAACAGCAGCCAGCUGGAGCCCCCCAGCCUGGGGCAAUCCCACCAGGGGCCCCCCCUGGACCCCAUGGCCCCUCACCGUUCCCCAACCAACAAACUCCUCCCUCCAUGAUGCCGGGGGCAGUGCCAGGCAGCGGGCACCCAGGCAUGGCGGCCCAGAGCCCUGCCAUUGUGGCAGCUGUUCAGGGCAACCUCCUGCCCAGUGCCAGCCCGCUGCCAGACCCAGGCACCCCCCUGCCUCCAGACCCCACGGCCCCAAGCCCAGGCACGGUCACCCCCGUGCCACCUCCGCAGUGAGGAGCCAGCCAGACAACUCUCCCUGACCCCCAUGGAAAUCAAGGUUCCAGGAACAGCCC